CAGAAAAAUACUCUGAGAACCACAGGGAAGGUAGUACUGAAAACCAUCUUCCUUUUCCAAAUGGGGGUUGGGACCUUGUCCAAUGUCAUUCUCUUCUUCUAUAAUGUCUCUCCAAUCUGGCUGGGCCGCAGGAAGAGAGCCACACACGUGAUUCUCACCCACAUGGCCAUGGCCGAUUUCCUGGUUCUUCUCUCCACUGGGAUUCCCCACACGAUGGCAGCUUUUGUUUUGAAGAAUCCCUUGUCCAGUCUUGGGUGUAAGCUUGUCUAUUACACGCGCCUAGUGGCUCGCAGCACCACCCUGUGCUCCACCCGUGUCCUGAGCACCUAUCAGUUCUUCACUCUGAUCCCUGAGAGCGUGAAGUGGGCGAUGCUCAGAGGAAGCGCUCCCAAGGUCGUUGGUCCUUCCUGUUGUAUCUGCUGGAUGUUCAGUUUCUUAAUGUAUAUGUAUAUUUCUGUGAAAAUCACUGGUCCACAGGAAACAGGGAAUGAAACUGACUCCCAAGAGACGUGGUUUUGUUCAUGCUCAAGUCUCACUGCAGGUUUUGUCUUCCUGUGGUCCGUCUCUGAUGCCAUGUUCCUUGGCCUCGUGGGCUGGGCCAGUGGCUCCAUGGCGCUUCUCCUGCACAGACACCACCAGAGAGUGCAGCAUGUUCACACUCCCAAUGGCCACCACGAACGUCCCCAGGAGACUAGAGCCGCCCACACCGUCCUGAUGCUGGUGGUCACUUUUGCCAACUUUUGCAUUCUGAAUCCCGUUUUUACUUUUUAUAUGACUGCUUUUAUAGAUUCCCGUCUGUGGUUGACCCAGAUCUCUAAUGUUUUGGUUUCAUGUUUUCCCACUGUUAGCCCCUUCCGGCUGAUCCUUAGGGAUCCUAGAACUCCUAGGCUCUGCUCUUAA